AUGUCCUAUUUAUUUCAAUCAAGAUUAUUUCCGCAAUCACUAAGAACUGUUGGGAAGGUACCUAUUCCUUCCUUUUCAGUUGGUCUUUCUCCAAGAUCAAUUAGGACGAAACCCCUAGUUAUCUCCAACGGAAUGAAAGGUAAUGGAUCAACUAAGAAAUGGGUUUUUACUGUUGGAACGGCAGCCAUUUUUAGUGUAGCAACUUUUCAGUUUAAUAAUUACCCAAUUAAUAACGAAACGAUUGUUAAAGAGGUAUCUUAUCCUGUUCCAACUCAACUCGUUGGGACAAAUUCCAAAAAAGAGAAAAAGUUGCGUCGUAAAUCUUAUUACAGACAACUCUGUUUGGGAUCAAUAUGUGGUAUAAUGGCAGGUUUAUUAUUUGUUAAGGUAUCUGUGGUUGUAUUAUAUGUUGGUGUGUUUGGAAUUUUAGGACUGGAAUGGUUAAAGAGUAGAAAUUUAAUAACCAUUGAUCAUAAUGAAAUGUUAAGGCUUACAAGACGUCAAUUAACCAGAGUACUCUGUCUUGGGAGAGAUACUGUAACAGAUAUAAAUUUGUUUAAUUUAAGUUUCCUCACAGCUUCAGCUAUAACAUAUUAUUAUGUAUAA